AGGCAUUGAGGUGGAUCCCAGCAAGAUCGAGGCGGUGAGCAAGUGGGAUACGCCAAGAAGUGCCGCUGAUGUUCGUAGUUUCCUGGGGUUAGCAGGAUACUACCGGAGGUUUAUCGAGGGCUUCUCAAAGAUAGCCCAGCCACUAACUGUAAUAUCCCACUCA